AAAGCGGCGCGGCUGACGGGGGAAGAUGGCGCCCGGAGUGGAGAAGAAGCUGCUGGGAGCCGCGGGAGAACCGAUGGAGAACGCCGGAGAGGAGGACGAGGGACAGAACCUGUGGUCUUCAAUCCUCAGUGAAGUUUCCACACGAUCCAGUUCCAAACUGCCAUCGGGGAAGAACAUACUGGUGUUCGGUGAGGAUGGAUCGGGGAAGACGACGCUCAUGGCAAAGCUCCAAGGAGCCGAGCACAAUAAAAAAGGGAGGGGCCUGGAGUACCUGUACCUGAGUGUCCACGACGAAGACAGAGACGAUCUGACGCGCUGUAACGUGUGGAUCCUGGACGGAGAUCUUUACCAUAAAGGCCUGCUGAAGUUCGCCGUCACGGCCGAGACGCUGAAGGACAGCCUGGCCGUGUUCGUAGUGGACAUGUCCCGGCCGUGGGGUAUAGUAGAGUCUCUGCAGAAGUGGACGAGUGUCCUGCGGGAACACGUGGACAAGCUGAGGAUUCCACCUGAGGAAAUGAGGGAGAUGGAGCAAAGUAUGGUGAAGGCCUUCCAGGAGUACGCAGAGCCGGAGGACGCGACGCCCGCUUCACCGCAGAGACGAGUCCCUCCGGCUGGGGGAGAGGAUGAGGGGGUCCUGCUGCCCCUCGGAGAAAACGUCCUCACGCACAACCUCGGCAUUCCUGUACUCAUAGUUUGCACAAAGUGUGAUGCAGUCACUGUGUUGGAGAAGGAUCACGACUACAAAGAGGAGCAUUUUGACUUCAUACAGUCCCACAUCAGGCGAUUCUGCCUACAGUAUGGCGCUGCCUUGAUUUACACUUCUGUAAAAGAGGAGAAGAACCUGGACCUCCUGUAUAAAUACAUGGUGCACAAAAUGUACGACUUCCAGUUCACCACGCCUGCCUUAGUGGUGGAGAAGGACGCCGUGUUCAUUCCAGCUGGAUGGGAUAACGAGAAGAAAAUUGCCAUUCUGCACGAAAACUUUACAACAGUGCGACCUGAAGAUCCCUUUGAGGAGUUCAUCAUGAAGCCCCCAGUACGAAAGCUGGUGCACGAUAAAGAAAUAAAUGCUGAAGAUGAGCAGGUCUUCCUCAUGAAGCAGCAGUCUUUGUUGUCCAAGCAGCCAGCCACCCCAACAAGAGGAACAGAGUCUCCAGCACGGACUGCUUCCGGAUCUCCUCGACCCACGGGCCGCGCCGGACCCACAAACGUGGCGAGUGUGUCGCCCAUGACGGCCGUGAAGAAACCCGACCCCAACAUGAAGGGCGCGGCCGCAAAUGAAGGGGUCUUGGCCAAUUUCUUUAACAGUCUGCUGAGUAAAAAGACGGGCGCUCCAGGGAGCCCUGGGGCCGCAGGGGCCGCGGUGCAGGGGUCCGCAAAGAAAACAGGGCAGAAGCCGGCUUUGACUGACGUCCAGGCAGAACUGGACCGAAUGACGCAGAAACCGGACUCCACGCUAAAGGCCAACAGCAGCCCCCCCGCCCCCGAGAACGAGGCGUGAGCUCCAGCACGGUCCACCGAAACACUCUGAACAGAACCUGCGUUUAGAACUUACCGGAAAGAGACGAAACCGUAACGACCAAACCCCUCCUCUGCGCUAGUGCUGCCCUCUGCUGGCGCUUCGCUAUGCUGAGCGGCGCGACGGGAUGCCAUCGGAUGCGUGAGGGGGGCGAGAGAGAGAUUGAGAGAGAGAGAGCGAGAGAAAGUGUGUGUGUGUGAGAGAUUCAAAUACUAUUUUUCAUUUCCAAACUUUUUGUGGUAAAAUUUUUGGGGCGAGGCAGGAUUGAGUGGUGUGUACACACAUUUAUAUGGGUGACCUCCAAAAGUGUGUGUGCGCAUAUAUAUAUAUAUAUGUAUGUAUGUAUGUAUGUAUGUGCGUGUAUGUAUGUAUGUGUGUUGCUUUGCAAGGGGAAAACACACUCUCUUCAUCUUCCCAGAAAAAAAAAUACUGAGACAUACUGAGCUGCUGUUUCUCGUUCUGCUUUACCUGAUUGAGGAUCUCCGAGGCUGCAGGUGGCGCCACUUAAAACUAUAAUAAUAAUAAAAAAAACUUAAAAAAAAAAAAAUGAGGCUAAAUAUAUAUUCAGUACAAAUUGAAAUACUGGCAGGAAGUAUGUAGUCUGUAAAAACGUAGAUAUCUUACUGAUGUAUUUAUAUAUAAAAAGCUUCGAAGCUUCAGCAUUUUUUCACAUUCAUUUUCAUUCAUCAGAUGUUUAGCUUCUUCGCUAACGCGCUAAUAACGCAGCUGACGUCUCAUGACACUAAUCAGUUAAACCCGCUGGCCUUUAAAGUGCAGAGGAGACGGGCGCUCGCUCGCUCGCCGCCUCGGCGCUCUGCUUAUUCUGUAAAUAUGCACAAAGAUUAGCUCUCGGAGCUGUGGUUCAGUUUUUUUGUAUAAAAGUCGAUUAUUUUAACAAAUUAUGAAGAAAUGUUUCGGAUUAGAGGAACGUGUCGGCGGGAGCGCAGAGAAUUUUUACGCUUUUCUUGGCUGUGGAUGUUUUUGGGAGAAACUGGGCAGUGCAGCAUUUUUGCUAAAAUUGAAAGAAGAAAAAAUUACUGAAAACUCCCAAGUGCCUGGCAGCGCCACCGUGUCUCCGAAAGAGGAAUUGCACUGUAGCACCAACGGUCUAAGGUUUCUCUUUUCUUUUUUUUUUUCUUUUUUUUUCUUUUUUUUUUUUUGGUCCAUCUAAAUAUUUAUUUUUUCUUUGCUUUCUACUUUUAUUGUUUGUGCUAUAGUAUUUUUUCACCAAGCUUUGAGUAAAUUUUGUUUUUUUUUUGUACUGCUGCUUUGAUAUUUUGCUUUUUGUCUUUUUACCAGUUUUUUUUCCUGAUUCUCUACCCAAACAACUGUUGCUAUUGCUUAUUUCUGCGCACAUAUGCCUGAAGUUUAUUCUUAACACAAGCUUAGACCACUAAAGUUCCCCAAAAUUAUUAUUAUGAUUAUCAUUAGUAGUAGUAUUAUAAUUUUUUAUUGUUAAAGUAAAGCUUGCACUGUACUGGUUAGUAAAGCGUGAGCCCAUAAUGCGAGCUGUCUGUAAAACAAAAACAGAAAAAAAAACACAUUCCUGAUCUGUCCUCAGUGAACCUGCUUAGAGUGAAAAGUGUAGAGUAACGUCCUCCUGCAGGUGAAAUAUGUAAAAUGCUUUAUUCGGCCCGCCGCAGUGCCCAGCGCCCGUCUGCCUUCAGCGUAGCUGCCCCUGUGUCUGCCUGUGCCAGCGUUUGUGCUCAUAGAGAAAUCCUGUCUGAUACUGUAUCAUAUAUAAUGACCUGUACAUUUGGGACGAUUAUUUUGUGAGUUAGCAGAUCAAAAUUAGAUUCAGCUGAAAAUCUGACUUAAUCCUGUGGGUUUUGUUUAUUUUUGUUGGUUUUGUUGAUUUAGCCUGUUGAAGAAUGGUGUAAAGAGCGAUGCUAGAGCAGCGCCCAGACCGCGGCGGCUGCGUCCCAAUACGAAAAGGAAUUUGUUUGUUGAGAA